AUGAUGAUAUUAUUUUGUCUCACGCGUAAACGUAUGGCCGAGGCUGCGCGUGUUGCGGCAGGAGUUCAUCCAGAAUUCGAGCCGGAAUAUGAGGAUGAUGCUUUUAGUGGGGGAUUAACUUCCCAUGUGCUGCGUUCCUUCCAGGAGGAAAUCCGCUUGGCUGCUGAGUUCGGCUUGAGAUAUGAUCUGGAGCAGUGUACUCUUUAUUUGCUUUCCGGCGAACAUUUUCGUGGGGAUGUCUCUGGCUUUCAGGCUUUGGGCGUUCGGGUGGUCACGGGUCUUGAUGUCCAGAUCUUGAAAGCUCCGGUUGGAGACAACGAGGAUUUCUUGCGAGAAUUUUGCGAAGAGAAGCAACACUUCUUCGAGAAUCAAUUUCAAGCUUUGGAGACGUAUCUAUAUAAAUAUGAGGCCUUCCAUUUGCUCCAGCAAUAUACGGGAUUCGGCCAGUUGAAUUAUUUGGCCCGCACUAUUCCCCGGAACUUUUUGUUUGACUUGUGCGAAUGGUACGAUGCGCGCUUCAAGCGUUGCUUUGAAAGUAUCUUGGGACAGGCGGUUCCUUCAGUCGCGUGGUAA